CACAAGUGUCACUCAAGAUUACAAUCAGUUUCAGAGACUUUUUGAGUCCUAGAUUUUUAUUUGUUGGUUUAAAAUAUAAUCAAAGAUGCCUUUAAUCGAUAUAACAAACCCGGCAAUAAUAAUAUUUCUCAUCGAAAACUAUGAGAAAGAAAACCGUCUUCGCUUGAAUUGGAUUCACAAGCAUCGUGAGCAAAUCCAACAAGCCGCUACUCUUACCAGAGAACCAACUAAUUACUUCGAAACCGAUGUUAUUGCGCACAACAUGAUUGGAGGCAUGGACACAAUAACUAGAGACCACGUCGUAGCGGGCUACAAUAGAAGGAAAGUACCCAUCCGCGAUGGAACGUUCAUACCGGGUGUUAAGAACCUACGUCAUGGACAUUCGGUCGUAGAUGUUGGACUUGGAAACGCAAAAGACGACCCGCGUCUAGCUAGGCCCGAUUUUGACCUAUCCAGCGACCCCAUCAUGCGUCCAGUGGAUCCUGAAAUGAAAGAGAUUUUAUAUAAAUCCAAGCCAGACUUUGGUAAGAAACAGUAUCUCGAAAAGAGAUCUAAAAUAUGGCCUGAAAAGCGGUACUAUUUCGCGGAAACUAGUGGCUUUGUGUACGGCUGGCGCAUGAAGGAUAGUGAAUUGCACCAAAAGCCUCAAUUUGGGAGGUGCUGGCAUUUGACGAGAGCUUUGCGAAGCCGCGUUGGGCCGCAGCCAGACCCGUCACAUUACAAGUCAUCCGAUGAGCCAGGUCGAAGCAGUUGCGCAGGCAUAUAAAACCCACAGCAUGAACUGUGUUUAUCGAUUUCAUUUUUCAUACAAAGAAUUAU